AUGGCCGAUCAGGGUGUCGUUGCGGCCCCGACUGAUAAUGCUGUCAAGGAGGCCGCGGAUUUAACCCCAGCGCAAAGGGUGGAGGAUUUCAAGGAUCAGAAAAAGGCACUGAAUAAGUCUACCAACGAUGUGCCGCAGCCUGUGAAUCGGUGCCUUGUCUACUGCAGAUUGCGUCCAGGGAACAAAACGGAUUUUAAGGAGGGCAGCUUUAAGCUGGUGUCGGUGGAGGGCAACAGCAUUGUGUUGAAGGGCGAGCGCCGAUACGACUUUGACAAGUCAUUUGAUGAUGAGUGUACGCAGGAGCAGAUCUUCGACCAUGUCGCCGUGCCGUGCGUUGACCACGCGUUCAACGGUUUUUGCUCAGCACUAAUGUGUUAUGGCCAGACAGGCACUGGGAAGUCCUUCACAAUGUGCAAUACAACCCCAGGCCUUGAAGGAAUCAUUCCUCGGUCGGCGAGGCUCAUAUUUGAGAGGAUACAAGCGGAUCCAACGCGUCAAUACGAAGUUAUUGGACAGUUUGUGCAGAUAUACCGCGAUCAUCUCGGCGAUUUGAUGGUGGGCUCCGGCAAAGAACGAGUGGAGGUUCGAUUUGAUGAGAACGAGGGCGUGGAGCUUACCGGUUGCACCUCUCAUGUCCUCCGCAGUCCGCAGGAAUUCAUGCGGUUUUAUCACGUUGGAAACGAGCGCCGUGUUGUGACAGCAACAGCCAUGAACCCGGAGUCAAGCCGCGGCCACACGGCGCUGAUGAUACGCAUUUUCUCCGAGAAACUUGAUGAUCCGGCGGCGGGAAAGAUGAGGGGCAAGAUCACAUUCAUUGACCU